GUCAGUACAGCGGCCACUGUAGUGCAAUACCCGCAUGCGCAGUGCCAUCUGGCUGUUCGGGUAUCCUAUAGAUCUUAAGCGAUGUGCUUGAGAAGCCAGCACGGACCUCAUGCAUGAUUUCUUUGGGAUACAUUUCCGCUUGCCUUUUGCGUUUUUGCCAAAUUUGUGGUUGAUGUCUAAUUGUCCAUAUAGCAGUGUUGGAGAUCAUCGCCUAUAACGGCAGAAUACGGUCAUUUAAAGGCGUUGGCCAUCACAUUGCACCGGAUGUCAGUACACGCACCUAAAUCUCGAGAAGCAUAAGCAGGAUCAAAUCCAGACACAGCCAUGGAAGCUGUCACCCACUUUAUGAAUGACACGGUAGAGUUCUACAGAUGGAGCCUUACUAUAGCAGACAAGCGGGUGGAGAAAUGGCCGAUGAUGUCGUCACCCGCCCCCACACUGGCCAUCAGCUGCCUGUACUUGCUCUUUCUUUGGGUGGGGCCUAAGUACAUGCAGAAUCGAGAGCCUUUCGAGCUAAGGAAGACCCUCAUAGUUUACAACUUCAGUAUGGUGAUACUCAACUUUUACAUCGCCAAAGAGCUCCUCCUGGGUGCAAGAGCAGCGGGGUACAGCUACCUAUGUCAACCUGUCAGCUACUCCAACGACGUCAACGAAGUCAGGAUAGCGUCUGCUCUGUGGUGGUACUACAUCUCUAAGGGAGUGGAGUAUCUGGACACAGUGUUCUUCAUCCUGAGGAAGAAGUUUAACCAGGUCAGCUUCCUCCAUGUCUACCAUCACUGCACCAUGUUCAUCCUCUGGUGGAUCGGAAUCAAGUGGGUCCCUGGUGGACAGUCAUUCUUCGGAGCAGGCAUAAAUUCAUCCAUCCAUGUCCUGAUGUAUGGAUACUAUGGCCUGGCCGCUUUCGGACCCAAGAUCCAGAAAUUCCUCUGGUGGAAGAAAUACCUGACCAUCAUUCAGAUGAUCCAGUUCCAUGUGACCAUUGGCCAUGCCGGCUACUCCCUCUACACUGGCUGCCCAUUCCCUGCCUGGAUGCAGUGGGCCCUGAUUGGCUACGCUGUCACCUUCAUCAUCCUAUUCGGCAACUUCUACUACCAGACCUACCGACGCACCCCACGCUACGCCAACAAGGCGGCCAAGUCCGUCACCAAUGGCAUCUCCACAGCAACCAACGGCUACAACAAGUUAGAGGAGGUAGAGGAGAACGGGAAGAAGCAGCAGAAAAAGGGAAGAGCGAAGAAGGAGUGAGGAGGAGGAGGAGGAGAGGACGGAGGGAGCCUCUGUCAGACCAACUGGAGGACCGUGGGGUGAAAGGGCAGGGGAGGAAGGGGGGGUCAGGGGUGAAAGUUCAAAAGGCAGAUGGGAUUCCACCACACCCCUGCCCAUGCAGGAUGUUUCGAGGAUGUGAAUUGUGACCAACUUGUGCUGGUGAAGGUGUGGGUGUGGGUGUGUGUGUGUGUGUGUGUGUGUGUGUGUGUGUGUGUGUGUUUGUGUUUGUGUGUGUGUGUGUGUGUGUGGGCAUGGGAGUUUGGUGAGGUUUGGGUGUGGAGGGAUGGGGGUGGGAGGAGGGUGUUGGUUGUUUAUAUAGUAGUUCUUUUUUUACAACAAAAGAAAAUCGCUGCUCUUCAUGUAGAGUCUGUGCUCUGUCUCUUUACUUUGGGGUCCUGGUCGAAGAUAGGACCGCAAAAAGACCUCAACACAACCACAGGGACCACAGGGACUCAGCACCCGCAGUGUUUCCAACCAAAACUCAACCCAUUUUGUACUUUUCUUUGUUUAACUAAAUGCUGAUGUAGUGAUACAAAUGCUUAUUUAUUUUGUAGCAUUUUAAAUUAAAUUCUAUAAAUUAAGUUAUUUCUGUGGAAGAACCUUCCAGAAAUGUGUACCAAAGAAGGUUUAUUUUGCAUUGGGCGAUGAGUAAGCAAAAUAUUGGUGGAACCAAGUUGUUUUACAGUACAGGAUCUGUUCUCAAUUCAAUUUUUUUCCCUCUCUAAGUGUCUCAGACACAAUUGUGUCAGUACUUAAGUACUGGUCUACCUGUCAACCUGGAACACAGACUAACUGCAAGCCCCCUCUGCCAUACACACAUGCCCUAACGUACAUAAUAUACACAAACAUACACAUUCCUGGAACGUGUGUCUGUACGAGAGAUUGAGGGAACGAUGUGCACUUUGAAUGCAUGGUAGUGAAUCUAUAGGGAGUUUGGGUGGGUAGUCAUAUGUGCAAAUUGUUAGUGUAACAUUAUGGAGUUUGGGUGGGUAACAUACUGUACAUGCAAGUUGGCUGACAAACACCUUUACUGCUAACUGAGUGUUUAUCUAUUUGUUUGGUUAUUAAAUUGGUCCUGUGCAUUGAUAUUGUUAUUUUUGUUGUUGUUGUGGAUCUCAUGGAUUUUCUGCAUCAUUUUCCUAAUUUUGUGCUGUGUAAUGUAGCUACUGUGCAACUGAGAAACAUGUCUAACUCAAGACAACCAAACAGGAUUGAGGGGGAAAGGGAUAUCUCAUCUCAAAGGGCUUUUUAAAAAACAGUAUAUUCAUUAUUCUAUUUAAAUAAAACACAUACAGCUACUGGCUGCAGCUGCAAUGGAAAUAAAGAGGAUGCCAACAA